AUGGAAGGCAAAACUGUGACUCUAAGUGUGGUCAUAAUGACUCUCGUCAUGGCACAAAUACAAGUCGAAGCAGCAAAGAUCUGCUGCCCUACCGAGGCUACAAGAAAUGCCUUUAAUGUAUGUACUUAUUCUGGAUUUCGGACGCCAAGUUGUGUAGUACUGAGUGGAUGCACAUAUGGUUCUGAAAAUAGUUGCCCUCCGGGAUAUCCUAAUGACAUUCUAAAAAAAUCAGGGCAAGGUGAUGCUGUCAAUGAAUACUGCAAGUUGGCGUGUGCAUUCUCUGCGUGCGGUGCCUUGACCACUCUUCAGAACUCCGACGCAAUUGAAAUUGUGAAUGGGGCAGUUGAACAAUGCACCAAGGCGUGUUCUACUAUAUGCAACAAGGGCUCUCUUGCAGCAGCUAAAAGGGCCUGA